AUGGCUCGUCCUCCCCGGUCACAGCGCCCACGGGUCAACAAGCCCUCCCCACUCCAACAAGUCCAUCACACAAGACCGGUAUCUCAAGCCCAACCGGAGAUGGGAUUGGUGCGUGACCCGAUGUUCUGGAAACGCUUCUCAGCUGCGGUACAUAUUGCGGAAGAAGGUGGUGAAUCUGGAAAUAGUUCUCCGACUAGUAGUCUUGGUGCGAAGCACGAGUAG